CCCGGCCCCGCUCCGGCCCCGCGCCCGCCGCCCGCCGGCCCCGCUCCGGCCCCGCUGCGGCCCCGCGAUGAGGGCGGCCCAGGCGGCGGCCGAGGAGGCGCCGCCAGGAGUGCGGUCGGUCAAGGUGGUCCUGGUGGGCGACGGCGGCUGCGGGAAGACGUCGCUGUUGAUGGUCUUCGCCGAAGGGGCCUUCCCCGAGAACUACGCCCCCACGGUGUUUGAGCGGCUCACCGUUACCUUGCAGAUGAAGGGCAAACCCGUGCACCUCCAAAUCUGGGACACGGCAGGGCAAGUUGAUUAUGACCGCCUGCGGCCCCUGUUCUACCCUGACGCCAGUGUCCUGCUCCUCUGUUUCGAUGUCACCAGCCCAUACAGCUUUGACAACAUCUCCAACCGGUGGUACCCCGAGGUGAAUCACUUCUGCAAGGAGGUACCCAUCAUCCUCGUGGGCUGCAAGACUGACCUACGCAAGGACAAGUCGCUGGUGAAGAAGCUGCGGAAAAAUAAGUUGGAGCCCGUGACCUACCACAGGGGCCAGGAGAUGGCAAGGUCCGUGGGCGCGGUGGCCUACCUCGAGUGCUCAGCUCUGCUCCACGAAAACGUCCACGCCGUCUUCCAGGAGGCGGCCAAGGUGGCCCUCAGCAGCCGCAGUCGCAACCUCUGGCGUCGUAUCACCCGGAGCUUUUGUGUGGUGACCUGAUGGCUUGGGGCCCUCCCUGCCCUAACUGCCCUAGCCGCAUAGGAAGCCCAGUUGGCUGGCUGGACUGGGUCCCCAGGCUGUGACCUCCGCUGUGCACCUUAAACCGAUGGGCACCACCAAGGCCUGGCCCCCAACCCUGGGGCUGGGAUCCCUGGACUAGAGCGAAACCCCUCUGAGGCCUGAGGAAAGGCGUUCCUGGGCCCACCCACCCCACGAUGGCUGGUCCUGGAGACCCCUGGAAUCACCAAUAGACAGACUCCCAGCUCCCAGCCUUGGACCACACAUCCUGGGGUGGCCUGUGCAGCCUGGCGCCACCUUGUGGCUGUUCCCAGGGCUGCACCUUCAGGACCCGGUUCCUAGGACCCUCGGGCCAGAGCUCACACCCUGCCCCUUUCCCCCUCCUCCUGCCCCUCCCAGUGGUAAUUAACAACUAAAGUGACAUCACUUGUCAGUCUUGCCAUGCCUCUUGUUUCGAAAUGCCUUUACACACGUGUUUCAUGGUGGAUAAGAGCCCAGCCCACGGAGAUGCCAGAGUGGAACUACCUGGAUCCAAACUCGGGUUUAUCGCUUCAGGACCUCGGUCAAGUUACUCCAACCCCGCGGGCCUCAGUGUCCUCAUCUGUGAAAUGAGACCAAUCACAGCUGAUGUCAUGGAGCUUUUGGAUGAGUAAGAGUGUGAUGAGACACAGGCAAAGAGCUUGGCAGGGGCCUGACACACAGUAAUUGCUCACAAAAGAUUCACAGCUAUUCCUUGUGUGAUAAUAAAUACAAUUGAUAAUAGUG